AAUCUAUAUCCUCACACCCCCCCAAGGCGACGGUAUCAGUGAGGUUACCACUAUUUACGUCUUCCCCUUGGAAGGUCGAGAGAAAUUUAGAGAGAGAGAGAGACUCGAGAGCGAGGCAGCGAGGAAACGGACGGCCUCCCAAAAGUUUCAAAUCAAGCCCCUCAUUACCUUCGUAAGGGUUUCGAUUUCUCGAUCCGGAGCUAGGGUUAGGAUUUUUUUCGGCAGCGGAGAUGACGCAGAGUGGCGGCGGUGGGUGCGGUGGCGGGGCGGAUUAUCACCUCCCGGACGAAAUCCUGGCGGUGAUGCCGACGGACCCCUACGAGCAGCUGGACCUGGCGAGGAAGAUCACUUCCAUGGCGAUCGCGUCCCGGGUGUCGAAGCUGGAGAUGGAGAACGGGAGGAUGAGGCACAAGGUGGCGGAGAAGGAUCGGGUGAUCGCGGAGCUCCAGGACAAGCUCUCACAUCUCGACCGGAUGUUUCAGGAGGCUGACGCCCGGUUGAGGGUUGCUUGCGAGGAGAAUAUUGAACUGUCAAAGGAGCGUGAUUCACUGGCUCAGACGUCGAAGAAAUUAGCCCGGGAUUUAGCAAAGUUAGAAACAUUCAAGAGGCAUUUGAUGCAGUCACUGAAUGAUGAUAAUUCAUCUCCAUCACAAGCAACCGUUGAUAUUGGGACCUACGAUCAGUCAGUUGCCAAAGCAUCUUCUUGGAAACAAGAUGAAGGGACCAUUAGCUACUCGGCAUCAAAUCUAGUCAGUGGACCUGCCGAAGUGGCAAACAUGAUUCAAGAUGGUGCAUUGGCAAACCCAGCUGGGCGGAAAUUCUCCAUUACUCCACAUAUCACCCCACGUCUCACUCCAACUGCUACACCGAAAGUAACAUCAACUAGUGGGUCUCCUAGAGGAUAUUCUGCUGCAGGAUCACCUAAAUUGACAUCUGGUGCCACUUCACCAACAAAACGUUGCUUUGAAGGGCGCACUGCAAUUUCACCAUGGUAUCCAUCAAGCCAGCAGUCCUCAGCAGCUAGCUCUCCUCCUCAUGGGCGCUCUAUGCCAGGACGUGCUCCUCGUAUUGAUGGAAAAGAAUUCUUCCGUCAAGCUAGGAGCCGACUCUCCUAUGAACAGUUUGGAGCAUUUUUAGCUAAUAUCAAGGAACUCAAUACUCACAGACAGUCACGGGAGGAAACUCUAAAAAAGGCAGAAGAGAUAUUUGGUACAGAUAACAAGGAUCUAUACGUAUCUUUUCAAGGCUUGCUUAACCGUAACCUGCCUUAGAAUUUAAUUCAGGAGAGACUGCUACCAGAAAUCGGCUCCGUCCUACACAAAGGUUGUACCCUUUCAGUUCCAUUUAGCCUGACAGAGUUGUCCAAAAGUUAGAGAAAAGAGGUUUUGCAUAAUGCAAUUUUGGCUGUUGAAUACCAAAACGUUUUAAAUUGUUUCGGACUUGCUGAGUGGUUGUGUUCUUGCAUGUUUUCUGAGGAAAUAUUGUAAUCUUGAACUCAAUUGCUAGCUCCUCGAUGAGAAUAAAUGGAGGUUACUUAAUUAUCUUUA